AUGGUCACACGCAAGCCCGGUAGCCAAACCCUGUCCAUACGAACAGACUCGACCGCCCCGUCCUCGCCCACAUCAUCGCUGGCCGACUUUGAUGCCCCCGACGUCAACAUGGCCAUGACCGACUGCACACCCGCGCCAUUGACCGUCUCAAUACCCAAAAACAUACCCAGUCCCCAAUGCCGGAAACCAAACCUGCAGGAGAUACUUAGCAACACCGCCCCGCCGCCCUACACUCUCACUUCCUUCAUGGCGUUUCUGUCACAGAACCACUGCUUGGAGAACCUCGAAUUCACCAUGGACGCCUCCCGCUAUCGCAAGCACUACUCAAAGAUGGUCAACCGCCAUCCGGGGAGCCCCAUCUCGCCAUUGUCCGAGGAGUGUGGCUACGUGCUGAUGCUCUGGCGUCGCCUCAUUGACGCUUACAUCCGCGAGUCCGGCCCACGAGAAGUCAACCUCCCCGCUGAAGUCCGCGACCAACUCCUCAGCCUCUCCGACUCUUACGUACCACCCCAUCCAUCAUCGUUGGAUAGUGCCGUGGCCAAGAUCAAUGAGCUCAUGGAGGAGAGCGUACUGGUCUCGUUCCUCAACUCAGUCAGCCCACAAAGCGCUCACCCCGCCAGCCACGAGAGCUACGCCGGCAGUAACAUCUCUCGGUCAUCAACUCGCAGCUACGAAGAGAGAAGUCUCCUUUCCCGCUCAUCACAGCCGCCCAUGCCUGCGAAACAACGGGCAUCGGCACCCUCAUCACUCACUUCCGGCUUCAUGGCAUCUCGUCCCUUCUCCCACUCACGCUUUCACUCUCAGCCCACCUCUUCCGGUCAAGCGCCCACCCGUGUAACCUCUGACUACACUAGUGGUAGCGAUGCAUUGACCGACGACUCCGGCAGCGCAAGUAGCCCGUCUGGAAUGAGCGAUCCACUGACCCCUCCUGGCACCCCACCCAUGAGCGACUAUCCCAUGGCCGACUUCCAGCAUGCCUACUACGAGACAGGGUCAAAUAGUGGCACUCCCAGUCCUCGCAACAGCCGAGGAGACCACAACGGUCUUGCCAAUGCUACCAGGGAUAGCUGGAAGCGAGUAAGCAGCAAGCUAUGGCCCAAGAAAAAGAGCGGCAGCCAGCUCCGAGACGACGAACCAGGUGUUGUUGAGGGUGGUCUCUUCUAA